AUGCCUCUGGCGGCCUCCCUGGAUCGCCUGGCGCAGUCGGCCGUGUGUAGCGUGCUGACCUGUCGGCCUAACCCCUCCCAUGUCGCCUUCAUCAUGGACGGAAACCGGCGCCACGCCGAGGCCCGGCGCCAGCCCGCCCUGGCGGGCCACACCCAGGGGUACAGCCGCCUGAUCCAGUCCCUGGAGUGGUGCCUGGAGCUGGGCGUGACCACCGUCAGCGUCUACGCCUUCAGCAUCGAGAACUAUGGCCGGGGCGAGGAGGAGGUGGAGGGUCUCAUGCACCUUGCAGAGCAGAAGUUCCUGCACAUGCUGGGGGAGGUGGCGGUGCUGGAGCGGCGCGGGGUCAGGGUCCGCGUGCUGGGGGACUUGACCCUGGCGCCGCCCGCCGUGCGCCGAGCGGCCGAGCACGUCCAGGCCCUGACCGCCGCCCAUGAUCGAGUGACCUUCAACAUCUGCUUCAGCUACAGGCACGCUGCGGGCGGGGGAAGGGGCGCUGGUGCGUCCAGCGAGAUGCUGGCGGCCCAGGAUGCGGCGGCGCGGCACGAGCCCUGCUCCCCCGCCUCCCCGCCCUUCACCCAGGGCGAGAGCGCGCGCACGGGUGCCGACCGGGGCCCAGGAUGCGCUCGCGAGGGUCCCUGCGCCAGCUGGCGGUGCCACCUGGCGCAGGCUGGCACACCCCCCGUGGACCUCCUGGUCCGGACCUCUGGCGAGCGGCGGCUGUCCGACUUCCUGCAGUGGCAGUCCCGCCAUGCGCACCUCUUCUUCUCCCCUACCCUCUGGCCGGACUUCUCCUUCUGGGACCUGGCGGCCGCCGUGCUUUCCUGGCAGCGGGCGGCGCCGCACCUGCGGGAGACGAGGCAGGUCGCCGCGGCGCGGGCGGCGGCCGCCGGAGCCGCCGGAGCCGCCGCGAGUGCGGAGCCCGCUGUGGCCGUGCGCGCCGAGCCCGGUGUGGCCGUGAGCGCCGCCCUACCUGUCGAGGACGGACCCCUCCGCCAGGCCAGCGAGGACGGGCAGUCGUGCGAGGUGGAGAGCGAGGGCGGUGCCAGCGAGGUGGAGAGCGAGGCGGGGCCGGGCAGCCCACUGCUCCCCUGGCGAGCGACGGCAACCGGUGGGGUGCGCGUCGCCGCCGGCUGA